UUGCGUAAGGGAAGUAGUAUAAGCGAAUAUCAAGAUGGAGGCAGUGCCGAGACUGCCGAUGUUAUCCUUCGAGUUAAAACAUAGUCCAGAAUACGUAGAAUUUGGACCAUCACUUAAACAGUACAUUCGAGAGCACUAUGGGGAGGACCCAGCUCUGUACAACAAGCCUUGCACUGACCUGGAACAGCUCAGACAGGGUGCCAUCCACGUGACACGGGACUUCAUGGGCUGCAGCACCCUGAAGAAAUACUAUGCCCAGCUGCAGUUCCUGCAGGGAAGAUUCCCCAUGGGGGAAGGGGGAGAGGCGGCCAUAGCCUUCACUUGGGAGGACAUUCAGACAGGAAGGGAGUAUAUACUCGGUGACAUUAAGUUCGAACAAGCCUGCAUCUUGUACAAUAUCGGCGCCCUGCAUUCCAUCCUGGGAGCAGUUGAUACAAGGCAUAGUGCCGAGGGUAUGAAAGUGUCAUGCACACAUUUCCAGUGUGCAGCGUGGGCAUUUGAACAUCUUCGAGACUAUUUCGGGAGUUCGGCAAUGAGCACAGACAUGUCACAUGAGCUGCUUACAUUUCAUGUCAGUCUCAUGCUGGCUCAAGGUCAAGAAUGUAUUCUGGAGAAGUCGAUGAUUGACAGUCGGAAGAACACCAUCACAGCCAAGGUGUCUGCCCAGGUGGUAGACUUCUACAGGACAGCCAUCAAGAAUCUCGAGACAUGCAACCAAGAGGGCAUCGUUAGCUCCAGGUGCUACAAGGACUGGAGGAAGCGUAUGGAGUUAAAGGUGUGUUUCUACCAGUGCAUCACGUUCUACUACAUGGGGCGGCAGUCAGAGGACCAGCAGAAAAUGGGAGAGAGACUGGCGUACUUCCAGGCCAGUCACGACAAACUCAACGAGAGCAUGAAACUAGCCAAGAAUGAGGUUCCUGAAGUCCAAGAUGCUCUGAAAUUUGCUCAAGAUGUAGUUGGAGGAAAAUUCAACUCGGCCAAAAAAGACAAUGAUUUUGUGUACCAUGAAAAAGUUCCUGCAUUAGACAGUCUGCCAGAAAUAAAAGGGGCGUCACUGGUGAAGGGGAUCCCAUUCAACCCAACAGAUCCAGAGAUUUCUGGUCCGGAUAUUUUCCAAAAACUUGUGCCAAUGGAAGCGCAUGAAGCAUCAUCAGUGUACAGUGAGGAGAAGGCGAAACUUUUGAGGAAGGUCAGUGGAGAGGUGGAGGAGAAAUCCAUGGAACUUGAACAAUACAUGUCGUCACUGCAACUUGACCCCCACAAGUUGAUGCCGAGGAUGGAGCCCCUGCCACAAGAACUACUGGAGAAAUGUGCAGCCAUGAGUGUCAAAACUGGCGCCAUCCAAAGCCUGAUAGAGUCCAUGGCAGCUGUUGCUGGUACUGCUACUGAGGUGGAGCUCAACUUGAAAGAAAUCUUUGGUUUGUUGGAUGAGGAGAGGAAACAGGAUGAACACUUCCAGAAAACAUUUGGCAGCCGAGCCCCCAAUAUUGUGUUGUCUGAGAUCCGCAAAGACACGGAGAUGCAGCGUGAGAAACACAAACAGGGCAGCCAGUCGAAUGAAAACCUCCACAAGGCCAUGAAUGUCCACAUUGCCAACCUCCGCCUGCUGGCCGGAGCACCAGAUGACCUCCAGGCCACACUGCCCAAACAAGAGUUGACCAACUCACCAGAGGAUGAAGCCCUUGUACAGGAACUUCAGCGGCUUCUGUCAAAGGUUGAUGAGAUGAAAAAACAACGUCAGAAUUUGAUGGAAGAGCUUCGUACACAGGUCCAGAAUGAUGACAUCACAAACGUACUGGUCACUCAAGAUAGUGGCAGUAAAGAUAGCAUCUUUGAGGAGCAGUUGAAGAAACAUGACAAGCUGGUGAUCCUUAUGCAACAGAACCUCGGGGCCCAGGACAACAUCCUCCGAGCCCUCACCGAUACCAACGCUAGAUACGCCACUAUCAGGAAGGCCACUAGUGAAUCUAUUGCCAGACGGGAUGCCCGGAUCAGUGAACUCAUCAAGUCCUAUGAGGUGUAUGAGGAUCUGAUGGGGAAGUCUCAGAAAGGUCUGGAGUAUUACAAGAAACUGGAGGAAACAGUCGGUCGAAUUCUGACUCGGUGUCGAUCUGUGUGCAAGGUUCAGCAGGAGGAGAGAGAUCAGAUCACUAAGAGGUUUGCUGCCAAAGAGGCACCCUCAAGGCCAGCAGCACCAAAACCAGCUUCAGCUCAAGCUCCUGGCCCAGCUCCCAUCCCAGCAAUACCUGGUGAAACAACCUUGCCUUCAUUUGAAGGUCCCAAACUCCGAGAUUAUCUCCCAUUCAUGAAACCAGCAACAUUUGGACCCAAAUCUACAGACCGAGGUCCUCCAGACUCUCCAGGAGAUCAUGUCCCAGGUGGAUCUCUACCAUCCAGCCUGUCCGGAUCUCCAGUACACCAGAGAGGGGGAUCUCCUCGGAGUAGUCCUGCAAGACAAGUUCCUACUGGUGGAGGUCCAGCAGGAAUAGACUACUCCAGUCUUCAUCCAGAAGUGGCGGCCCAGCUAUCGAAACUUCCCGCAGGCUUCUUCAACAAGCUGAAAGAUGGAGGUGGUAUUGAUGCUUCUGAUGGUCUUCGAAGCCAGCAGCAACCCAGUGUCCCUAGUGUCCCCAGUGUUCCUGAUACUGGCAUAGACCCCAACCUCCCUCCUGAGAUUCAGGCCCAGUUGGCCAAGCUUCCUAAAGGGUUCUUCAGUCAGAUGAAGGGCAGUCAUGGUUCUGGAGGUGUUAGUGAUAACCAGCCUUCUUCCCUCCCACACCUACCGGUGUCUGGGUAUGGAGCAGCAGGAAACAUGGGUCAGAAUUAUCAUGGUUCUUUGCCCAACAUGACUCAGCUUCCCCAGCAUCCAACAAGAAGGUUUGAUAGCACUAGCACUGUGUCAUCCGUGGAAACACCAGUUAUCUCCCCUACAAAAGGCCCACAAGGUGAUCCCAAUGUUCACCAACACAGCCAUCAUGGUGGACAAGGGGGAGAGUUUUCUGUAGGACAAGCUCAAGGACAGCCUCACCAUCACAUGAUAGCACACUAUCAAAAUCGAAACUUGCAAAGUGAGUAUUCUGCAGACCAGAUGUUGCCAUCUGUUGGCUGUGAACCAAGUGCUAUGUCACAUCACAAUAUUGGACAGGUGGGUCAAUCAAGGAACACAGCACAACCAGUUUCCCAAUCACAUCCAGGAAUGCAGCAUCAGGCACAGCAUCAUGGCCUCCCACAGCAACAAUCUCAACAGCCUGUGGCUCCUCAACAGCAGCCACAGCAGCCUAAUGUUUUACAGAGGCCACCCCCAGCCUCUACUCCUCAGCCUAGUCAGUAUUCAGCCUCAGUUCCACAGAGCGGUCCACUGCAAACACCAUCACAAUAUCAAUAUCAGCAGCUACCUGGGACCCAGUUUCAACAAGGCUAUCAACAGUUCCAGCAGCCAGCUGCAAGUCAAUACUAUCAGACACCUGGACAAGGAACAGCCAACCGUAGUCAAACAGGGACCAUUCCUACUAACCAGGCUGCUCCAUCACAAACUGGAUAUGGUAGUCAGCAGUAUCCUGCUUCAUCCCAGGCUCAUUAUGGAUCCCAAGUCAGUGGUGGUCAGACUUCACAAACACCUGGGGGUCAGUCCUUUCCUCCAAACCAAACAUACCCAGUUAAUCAAACCCAGCCUGGUUCUCAACUCGGGAUGCAGGCACCCAUGGCACAAGGUCCAGCAAAUGUUGGACCUUCACAAACAGUAUUAGCACAGCAGUAUCAAAUGCCUAGUGUGCCACAGCAAUCAAAUGUACAGCCUGGUCAAAGUAAUGUGCAAUCUUGGCAGGGCCAACCAGGCCAACCACCUGUAUCACAGACACAGACACAGCCUAAUGUUAAUUAUGCUGGACAGAUGCCAAAUACUCCACAAGCCAAAUGGCCACAGAGUCAAGGUCAGAUGCAACAGCAACAGCAACCUGUUGCAGCCCAGCAGCAAAUUUAUCAACAUUACCCAGGACAGGCUUCUACCCCUUAUACCCAGGCAGGGUACAACAUGCAACAGCAACAGCCAACUAUUGCCAGUUCACAAACAUUCGUUCCACCUCAGCAACCUGGAGUUGCAGCCACUUCUGGGUAUUACUCUCAGCAGCAGCAGAAGCAGCCUAUGAACACUUAUAAUCCAUCAUUCCAAACCCAGCAAACCCAACAGACAAGAAUGCCAUCACAGACACAGGUGUAUCCUCAGUCUACAAAUCAAGCCGCACAGCAGUACCAAACUCAACCAAGAGGUCCUCAACCUGUUCCUAUUAGGCCUCAAGCCAACUACCCAAAUGUCCAACCAGCUCAGUCUGCAUUAGGACAAGUCCAACCUCAGAGUCAAGGCUACCGAAUGCAGCCAUCAGUAAAUCAGCAACCCCAGCAACAGAUGAAUCAACAGAUGCGUUUCCAGCAGCCACAGACUUCUGUUGGUCAGUAUCAGUAUAACCAACAAGGACAGACUUUACCCAACACAUAUUCCUCCCAGCAGGGUGUACCUGGGCAACAAGCUCCACAGAUGAGCCAAGGAUCAUACCCUCAGCAACAACCAGUGAGACCUUCUGGAGGCUACACUCAACCAGCUACCCAGCCUCCAAUGACCUACCCAGUGGGCCAGGGAGCACCAGCUCCUCAAGGCUUCAACCAACAGAUUAUUCCACAGACAGGACAAACCAACCAAAUGUCCAGAGCACAACCACAACAGCCAAUGCAAUACCAGCCUGUUCUUCAACCAACACAAGCAGCAGUUCUGCCCAAUCAAGUAGCAGGCAGUUCCCAGCCAGCUCCUCAGUCUCCUGUAACGUCUCAUCCUGUUCCCCUGCAUCCUACUCAACCUCCUCAAGGUGCUCCUGCUCAAACUCCUUCCCUCCAUCCUGGUCAGCAACAGAACCAAGGUCUAGUCAAUCCUCCAAACCUGUCCAGACAGAGCUCAUCUCUGGAUGAGAUCCUCUCGUCCAGUCCAGAGAGUGCCAAAGACUCCUCUAUUCCUGCCCCUGUGAUUGCUCCCAAAGUGUUGACUGCCCAGGAGAUUCAGCAGCAGAAGGAAGAAGCUAGGAAAAAUAAAGACAUUUUCGAGCCUCCUAAAGAGCCUUAUUCUUCUGGUUGUGAACUCAAUAAGUUUGUGUCGGAUGUGGAAGCAUUUGGAAAACUUGUUGAUGAACUUACGAUGGCAAAUGUGAUGGGUCAAACCAAACUGGAUUCCAUAUGGAAGGAGCUGUCAGACCACCAGGAACAAGAAGGCAAAAAACAUUCCAUCGCAAUAGCUCGAUGUUACCCCAUGAAAAAUAGAGACCCAGAUAUUAUGCCAUAUGAUGACACAAGAGUGAUGCUCUCAACCCUGAAGGAUGACUACAUAAACGCCAGCUGGCUGAAUGACCUGGCUCCAUCUUGUCCCAAGUUCAUCGCCACUCAGGCCCCGAUUCCAGUGACUGUCAAUGACUUCUGGGUGAUGGUGUACGAGCAGGGCAUCGAGGUCGUCGUGAUGAUCACCAGUGAAUAUGAGACUGGGAAAAAAUUCCCCUGCUACUGGCCGACGGAGAAAGGCAAGCAGGUGGAACACGGCCAUGUGAUACUCAACAUGCAGAGCGUCAAGUACAGGGAGUUCUGGACUGAGAGAAUCAUCCACAUCAAACAUUCCGAGACUAAACAAGGGCGCACUGUGGUACACCUGCAAUACAAGAACUGGCCGGUCAGUGGCUUUCCUGAUGAUGUGUCACACAUUGUCAAGUUCAUCGAAGAAGUCCACAGUUUCUACCGACAACAACGGAGCUUAAUGAAACCUGUCAUGGUGCAUUGUGGGAACGGCAUUGGUCGGAGUGGUGCCUUCCUGCUUAUAUACACUGGCAUGCAGGAGAUUCUCCAUGGCAACGGUUUACUUGACAUUCUGGUGAUGGCAGGUCGGCUGUUGCAGAAGCGUAAGAGUAUGAUACAAAACAAGGAGCAGGUCAAGUUUGCCUAUGACAGCAUCCUCUUCUUUGCAGAGGAAUUUCUCAGAAAGAAGGACAUUUUGGUGAAAACGCCACACUUCAGUGGACGGAAGAAGUCAACAGAUUCCCAUGUCUACCACCCGGACAAAGAUGACAUUGUUCUGGGAUCUGUCAAUCUUGAAAUUAUCAAGAAAAAUGUUGGCAAACUUGGUGAAAAACACAGCAGUGAUGUGCAUGUUGCUUCCUCAAAUGGAGACGUACAACAAGGGCAGACAAUUUUUGAAGCAAGUAUUUCAAGGGAGGAUAACUCCAUUGGAUGUUUGCCAGACUUAAUCCAACAACCUUCAAGAAAUGAAAAUGUGGGCGUUUCAGGUCAGGGGCUAGGUCAGAGCAUGGCACAGACAGAUAUUUCGAGCGGAAGUGGCAGUCCGCAGGUACGAAGCCGAUCAGGUUCUAAUACAUCCAUCAAGAGCGGAAGUUCUGUCAGUACGACAUCUUUGAAGGGCUCCCCACAGCAUAAGGCCGAAGGCAAACCUGUUCCAAAUUCUCUCGUCGAUUUACAGAACCCUAGCACAUUCACCCUUGGGACUGCAACACCAGAGAAGAAGAAAAUAACGAAGGCAAGUUUUGCUGGAAAGCCAGCAGGAAUAAAGGAAAAUUUGAACAGACCUGAUGAUCCGUUAAGUUCACUGGAUCCCUUGUGGACAAUUGCGAAAGAAAAAUAAUGUGUUCUGGACUGGAAGUGUCCGUGUGUGACCUUGACAUUGUGAUGAAUGCAUCGUGAUAUUGGCCAGUGUUUGAAAUGAAGGAUGAAAGUUAAGGUGUCCUAAUCACGUUUAGAAUGGCUCCUUAGAUUCGGAUGUUGUAUCAAAGCACCUCAAGGACACAAGACCCACUAAGUGUCUGACACUGUAGUCAUGGCAACAUUUCAUGAGAUUUGCAUUUAUGGCUAUUUUUUCAGAGUGUGAAGAAGAGGUGUCAUCUUUAUAAGGAUAUACUGACAUAAUGCUUUUACUGCCUUCACAAGCAAAUCAGGACCUUCUUUGUCAAAAGGUGCAAGCAAACUAGUGCAUAGUCUUUCUGGUGCUAGACAAAUAUUGCUGUUUCAUUUGAGAGUCUGCAUUUUUCAUGAUAUCUUGAAAGAGGUGACUAACAGGAUUGGGUGGUCAGGCUCGCUGACUUGGUUGAUGCAUGUCAUCAAUCCCAAUUGCGUGGAUUGAUGCUCAUGAUGUCAAUCACUGGAUUGUCUGGUCCAGACUCGAUUAUUUACAGACCGCCGUCAUAUAGCUGGAAUAUUGCUGAGUGCAGCAUUAAACAACAAACAAACAUUAUAUCUCUCCAUUCUGUUAUGAUAAAUAUGUACUCAUAUCUUUGUUUUCGACUCUAAAUAUAUGCAACACUAAAAAUAGCAAUGCAAUCAAAUUACACUCUUGAGCGAGACAAAUUCUGUGCUGAGUUACUUAUAGAGUUGGAGAUAGUGACAUCACUUCCUGAACCAAACUUUGGUGGUGAUUGUUUCCAGGGAAUGGAUUAUAAUAGAAUAGAGAUAUGAUACACUGGUUAAUGCUGGCUCUUUAGGUGGGAAUAAUGAAGGUUCGUUGUGCAUUGUGUAAUAUGUCAUGAAAUGUUGCUUGGCAGACGUGUGACCUUGAAGGGUUAUUCAGUAAACAUGGCGACCACAAAGAGGAGAUCAACAAUAACAAUUGAAAUUCUGUAUUACUCAGACCUCAAAGUUGUCUACAGAUUUCUGGCAACUUUGGUUUUGCUUUAUAUUUUAAGCAUUGAAUUGAUUAUAUUCAUAUCUAAUCUAAAAGUACUUACCAUGCUUACUCCAAAACAUGUUUGGUGUCUGACUGUAAUUACGAUUUGUCAGACGUCUGAAGUGCGUUAAAUAUAGUCAAUAUUUAUUGUUAUAAUAGAAAGAAAUUCUAUAUAUCAUGGUUGUGGCAGGACUUAUUACAGAUGAUGUAUCAGACUCUUAGAAAGGCAUAUAUUUUAUGGUCUGUCUUUCAGAGUAUGUCGAUGUUAACAUUGAACUAGCCCGUGGGUUAUUACAGAGCUUGGUUAAUGUAACAUACUAGAUUUAUGGGGAAAAACAAGUGUUCAAACUUUUUACUUGUCAAAGUGGCAGACAAGGGCAGUGUCUAACCAUGUAUUUCCAGACCCAUGUAUUUACAGUUUCCCAGACUGAACUUGUGAAUGUCUGGUGAGAUCUUUCUGACAACUGCGUCAGUAUGUUUGAUACAGUUGCUGAAAGUGAUCCGUUUGUGAUGUUCUGUGUCAGUGUCCUGUUUUGACAAAUGGUUAUGAUUGGUUAGGGAGGUCAAUGUUGUAAAACGAUUGACCAUUGUGUCAAAAUGUCACAUCAGGAUGUUGUAGAAUUAUGCUUUACUGUAUGAGGUGGGACGUGCCUUUGUUAGUGUAAACUAAUAAGUAAUAGCCUUACCUCGACCCAGGCUCUGUAAGUACAAUCCCUAAUUAUUGGAAUUUUAGGGUCAGUUUUCACAAAAACUGAUAAAAAAGUAAUAAUACCUUUGUUGUUGGUAGAAUAAAGGGUGUCAUAUUACAAGUUGGCAUACAUGGUAUAUGUGGUAUUAUUAAGACAUUUAAGAAAUGGUUAACAGAUCUUCCAUCACCUAGUAAUCUGCAUUCAGCAUUUAGCUUUUCUUACUUACUUUAUUUCUCAAGUAGUUUAUUUGUUUCUGGAAUCAGCCAAGUAAUAUUCAUUUGACACAUCAGGGAAAACAUCUGGUAUUGUAUCAGGAGUUUGUACAUUAAAUAAACAUUUUAAGGGCCAAUUACUUAUAAAAAUGAAACUUAAGUCUACCACAGUAUCUCAGAACAAACAUCAUAGCUAUGACAGUUGAUGUUUCUGUGUUGUGAUUAGUCAUCAAUGUUAAUUAAAUUGUGAGCUUAGAAAUCAGGAGUAAAUUGGCCAUCAGUAGUGUCCUCAAGGGCUGGGCAUUGAUCAGUAAGCAGUAAUGUGCAGGUUCAAUGGUGCUAUGUCUCAUGGAAUUUGUGUUUUACCAAACAGAUUGAAUGGACUACUGUGUCUAAGUUAUAAAUAACAAUGCAGUUUUAAACACCUGUUUUUAUUUUUCAUAUUUUUACAACAGGCAAUACAUCUCUAUUUCACAUUAAACAGUACUUCAUGGUACAUUAAAAUAAACAUUAGACUGAUUGUGUUUUAGUGGUUUUACACUAGUCAUUAAACCCUUCUUGGACUGUCUAUCAAGUGGAGGUCUUAUAUCUGAUAGAUUCUGAUGAUUGUAAAGAAUUCACUUUAAUAUAUUAUUCAUUACAUAGUGUUUCAUUGUGACUCUUGACCCUUUAUGAUAUGUAUCAUCAGCUUUGAGGGUGUAACCACAUGCUCACACCAUACUUACCACCCCAAGGACUGAUAGCAUUUAUUAAGGAUACAACAACUUAUUUGUUUCAGCUUUCCACCAAAUGUUUUGCCAAAGUCGGGUAAAAACAGAUGAGAGUUUGUAAUGUUUUUAGAAUUAUUAUAUCAACUGAACCUACUAACUGCAGUUAAACACUGUUGUGUCGAACUUUGAUGUGUCAAACUUAAGGUUUUCUUGAAGUAAAAGAUUGGUCCCUACAUAUUCCUUCUUUGUUCAUCUUUUUCAGUUGUGUCAAUCCUCAGAUAACUCGAAGUAUUUAACGUCCCUUCAACUUCGACACAACGUUGUUUGACUAACCUGCUCCUGAUUUUAGAGACCUAUUGUACAGAUUGUAUCUUUCAAAACUGGGUGAAACUUUAGAAUACGUUUUGCAGAAACAAAUUUAUUUUAUUAUGUACUACAAACACAGAAAAUCACAGUUUAACGUGUUUGAUUGAAUUCCAGGGUUUAAACAAAUUAGCCUCCCCCCUGUACUACAUAAUGACAGUGUGGUGUACCGUUCCAACCACUCAGGACAAUGUGUCUUUGUUACACCAUGUACUAGGGUAAUAGCUGCAAAUGUUGGAAGAUCACGCAGGCUUCAAAAGUGUUGAGACAAAUGUUUGAGGAAAUCCUACAAAAUAUGAAGCCAAUAAUUGUUACUGAGAAUCAUCCCACCAACACCUUAUGUACAUGGUAGGGAUGUCUUUUUAUUGUGAUGUCGCUCUAUGUUUUAAUGUCAAUGCUGUAACGAUACAAAUAUUGAUAUUAAUAUUAAAUUAACCUAUAUAAACAUUUCUGUGGCAUUGAAUUAUUACAAUUACUGUGAUUUAAGAUGGAAAAUUCAAAUUUAAACAUUUCAUGGAUGAACCUAGUUCAUAUUAAUUCCAGCUCUACAUAGGUCAUUUUUAUCCAUACACAUACAGAAUAAUUAGUUUGAUAACUGAUUGAUAUAUUGUUAUGUUGAGUCAAUAUGUCAAUACUAAUAUUAUUACUAUUAUUUAAAUCAAUGAUACGCCUGGAUUAGUAUCACAUAUUUUGUUAUAGGUAUGUGAUUUGUUCAUAUCAUUGGUGUACACCCAAGCUUGAGUAAUAGAAGAAAUGUUUUUGAUAUAUGUAUAAGCCUUAGUAAGUCACAUACAUGUUUUUGUACACACACAAGCUUAUGUAAUGGCACACAAAUGUAAAUGAUGUACUCAGAAGCUUAAGUCGUUCACAUAAAUGUGUUUGGUGUACAUGUAAACUUGGGUAAACUCACACAGUGAAGCUUGAGCAGUAUACUUUGAAAUGUUAAAUAGUGCACAAUGGGACAAGCUUGGGACACCCAUACAUUGUCAUGUCAGCAACACAGUCUCUCUCACAGAGCGUCAUGUAAGCAGGAUUUGUAAUUUACAAGGUUUGGAAGACCUGUGCUGGAUGCGUUUGUCUUCCACAGCAUAAAUGAAUUCUCUGUGCAGAUAAUUGCAGGAUGAUGCACGCUUUCUCUGGAUCAAAUAUGGAUGGUAUGUUGUGUAACAUGUUUGUAAAUGGUAUGCUGGUUAUUGAUAUGAUAUUCCUUUAUGUUAUGAUCGAAGACUUGAUAGCAUAAUUUCUUAUUGUUAGAAAUAUGAAUUGCAAGUCAUGGGUUUGCAUGGUGUAUCUUCAUUAUUGUUUUCUUUUGAUGAUUUUCUUCAAAACAAUUAUUCUACCAGGGAGCGGGUCGCUAGUGGUCAUCUUAAGCAUCACAGUUUGUUGUGCAGAGCGAUGUCCCUUAGACACACUAGGAUCCUAUGGUCAUGGAUUCAUAUCCAGGAGUCCCCUGAUUAUGAACCUUGGUUUGUCAGCACCAUGUCUGUGCUUGUGGGUUUCACCAAAGUGGUAAACGUCAUGGACCUGCAUCAGUUUGAGUUUUCUCCCACUUCAGCUGACCUGUUGUGAUAGAACUGAAACAUUGGUCAUUCAUACAGGUGUGGGAAAUAUUCUCAUUACAUAAACUAAGUUUGAUUAUAUUAAUAGACACUGUCUUCAUAUACAUGAUCUUAGUUUGAUGAUAUUUAUAGACAUCGUCUUCAUUCAAAAUGAAUCUAACUGGCUCAAUCUGGUCAACAUGUGGAUGCAUUUCAUUUAUAUUACUGUAUUGUGUAAUGGCAGGAAGUUUUUGUAAUUACUGGCCAGAUGAAAGUCACUUCAGGUGAUAUAUCUAUAUGUUUCUCAAAAAUGUACCUUUCCUCCAUUAAUGUGAAGUAAUUCACUUCAAGGUAACUAUCCAUUGUUAAUGAUAUGAAUUAAUUCUUACAAACACUUGUUAAAAACAAAAUGCUAGCUCAUACACAGGAAAGUUGUAAUGUAUUAGUUUAGCAGGUAGGAACCUGUUUUAUAUUUGCAUGCUUUUUAUUAUGCUGUCCUUGGGGAGAUGCCUUCAAACCCUAGUUGGAUACAAUUGUACUCUUACUGUAAGCAGGAUAAAAGAACUUUCAUUGAGGGAGUAGUUCGAAAGUUUGAUGUUUGUUUUCAGACAUUCACCCACCCAACCCCCAUCCAACCCUUCCAUCCCCAAAACACAAGUCAUAUAACAAUUACAUAGUUCUCAGACAUACACCCACCUAACCCCCAUCCAACCCUUCCAUCCCAAAAACAGAAGUCAUAUAAUCAUUACAUAGUUCUCAGACAUGCAUCCACCUAACCCCCAUCCAACCCUUCCAUCCCCAAAACACAAGUCAUAUAACCGUUACAUAGUUCUCAGACAUGCACCCACCUAACCCCCAUCCAACCCUUCCAUCCCCAAAACACAAGUCAUAUAACCGUUACAUAGUUCUUAGACAUGCACCCACCUAACCCCCAUCCAACCUUUCCAACCCCAAAACACAAGUCAUAGUACCAUUGCAUGGUUCUUUUAUUAAGACAUGACACAAAACAUCAAGAAGCACAUCCUUGUCCUCACAUGUAGGGAUGAGACUGCAAUAAACUCUAUACUGUAGUAUCAAUCUAACAGUAAAGAAUAGUACCAUUGCAGAAGUUAGGGAGCACCACCAACAUUAAAACAUCUUGCAAGUUGUUUUUUCAAUGGAAACAAUUAUCAUUGACUUUCAUUCUGUGUAGCUUUCAUAGUAAUAUUGUUCAUUUUCUGGGCAAAUAUAUCAUGAUUACAGCUGUUAUUUAUUUACUUAUACUGUAUGAAACCAGGAAAAAUUGAUUUUGUCAGAUGGAAAACUUGCUGAACUUAUAAAACCCCACACUCCCAUAUUCCCUCCAAAAGUUAAGGUAUUACAAUAUUUCAUCAAACUUUUGAACUGCUCCCUGAGAUGUUUUUUCUUCUCAUUUAGAAUUCCUUUAGUGAUUGUGAUUCAUGUCAUUCAGCCAGGUCAUGAUUUCAGCGUUAACCCUGUUGAGUGAGGGUUAUCAGCUUCACAAGAAACUAAGGACACUGUUUGCCUUGCUGGUUUUUAACAGCGACUAACUAAAAAUGCAUGCCAUUUGAUUUGUGGUUGGACUAUGCUCCACAUAUUAUUUUAUUUGGUUUGUUUCUAUGACAUAUAUUAUCAUUUAUUUUAAUGAUUUUGUUUGGUAAGUUAUCAUUUACUUGAUAAGAAGUACGUGUUUAUAUUCAGAGUGUAUUUGUGUUUAUUCUACAUGAUCCUCAAGACAGUUGCAUAGCUUCCAGUUAUGCCAGAUGUCAGAUAGUUGACACUAUUAUUUUUGGCUAGAGAAAAAUACAAAUGCUGUCAUGUUCAGUUAUAUAUAGACAUCCAAUAAGACAUUUCUUAUGAAAAUAAUCCUUAUGCUAUUGACAACCUCAAUUACCUUUUCUGUUUGCAGAAAAUGUGAUCAAUAUCUGUCCUGAAACAUAUUUGAUGAAAAUAUGUGUAACACUGGUGCACUUUGUUGAUGAUCCUGUUUCACCCAGUAUUGCUGCUAUAUCCGAUAUCCAUGCUUCGAUACACACACUUGUAAUAAUGUACAUAUCAAGCACAAGCUUGUAUAUUACACUGGUGGGAACUUCCACUCUACUGUGAAAUCAAUAAUGCAUGUAUUCUUGUCAAUAUCAGUUGUUCAUAUCAUGCUGGAAUCUUGUGCUAUACGCCCCUAAUUGAAAAUAAAUGAUUUAUGGCACUAUAUAUUCACUAGAUAACGUGACUCAGCUGAUUGAUGCUGAUAUCAGCAUGAUAUGAAAUAGAUAAUGCUUAAUCUGUACAAUGUUGUAUAAAUACUUAAUUUAUUUGUUACUCUGUUGCAUUUCACCCUGAUGACAUUGACAAUAAACUGGAAAAUCACAAGA